AUGCAUUGUGGGAUAACUAAGAUGUCAGCCACCAUGGGUGAAAGUCUGUCUGCUAACGAUGAGGUUAUUUUAAACAUCCUCAAUUUUCUGCGCAUUGCACCAAAUUUGUUUGUCAAAAUACCACAGAUGCGGAACAUUGUCAAAACAGGAAGCGUCAGAGGACUCAGUCUAAAAGGUUUCUUGAUGGAAACUGUUGUAUACAUGGUUGGCUUGCUGUAUUACUUCAACAAUAAUUUUCCCUUCCUGGUUUAUGCAGAAUACAUUGCUCUUGAAAUACAAGCUCUACUGAUGGUUCUCGUAUUUCUUCAUUACUCAAAUGAUUUGGAUGUCAGGAUAUUACCGGUUGCAUUGCAAGCCAGUCGCAGACCAGUCGGGUCAUUUUUUCUCAUGACAGCCAUUAUAGGAUCAGGGUCUCUUCCAACUUCCAUUAUUGCUUUCUUCUUUUCCAUGAAUCUACCUCUGAAUGCAAGCAGUAAACUACUCGCAUUGAACACCAUCUAUAGUACAAAGAACUCAGGAUCGGCUAGUUUUCUCAUGUGGUCUAUAUCUGGUUUGACGUCAGCUGGUCGCAUAGCAACAAAUCUCAUGACAAAACCAGAUUACCUGGUGUUAACUAAUUUCACAGUAGCAGCGAGUCUCAGCUUCUCUGUAUGUUGUGCAAUCAUCAUCUACCGUCCUAGCGAGAAGAAGUUUGAAUAGAUGUUGGACCAAUCAAAUGUUCCAACCAAUCGGACCCGAAGAAGAAAAGCAUUGUGGGUAAAAUAUCCCAUUGAUGUAAGAGCUCUAGAGGUAAUUUAUUGUUUAUACGGUACCGUGGAAGAAGUUUGAAUAGAGUAGAACGAUGCAGAUGUUCAGGCCAAUCAGUUUUUGGAGAAGUAAAGCAUUGUGGGUAAAAGUUGAAUCACUUGGGAUUGCAAAAAUUAAUAGUCUGCAUUUAUUGAGUGGAUUUGUUGUCUGAAGCAACUUUAACUACAUGCUUUGCCUAUUCUGUUCUAAUGAUUGCUUUGACUUAGUUGAUUAUUGGAAUUCUGGGAGGCUGUCUUAUGCAGACUUAACUGUAAUCUAAUCACUUUUUGUUUCUUGAGGAUUUGCAUGCUAUCUCUUUGAAAGAAAGGUAUGACAUAGGCCCAGUGACAUAAAAAAAAGAUCUAAUUAUUUAUUAAAUUGAUUAUUGAUUACGUGGCCUGGAUCUCCUGGAAAUUUGUCCAAUCACCGUUGGCAAUAGUAAUCAUUUUUACUAUGAUGAUAUUCUUUCCAAUUUAAUACCAGUCGUGUGCCUUUAUAUAGGUCUAAUUAUGCGCCUUCAAACAAAAAUGAAAGCUAUGGUAAAAAUCUAAAGUUGAGUUUUAGAACAGGUGGCAAUAAAAUGACCACUGAAUUUGUUUCUGAAAAAAUAUAUAGAUAUAUCUGCCAAUUAAUUUUGGGCCCGUCUUACAAAGAGUUUGAAUGAUCCGAUCGAUCGCAACUAUGGAAAGCCAGCAAAGUCAACAUAUUCAAUGCAUGUUUGCUCAAUUUUUUUUUUCUGGAUAUGAAUGUAUUUCCAUAAAUUUCAUUGAUUUAUUGACAGUUCGGUGUGAUCUCCUUUGUUUACAAAGGACAUUUUGCACAUUUCCUGCAGAAAAAAAUUAUGACUCGAUGGAUUUCCAUAGAGUUACGAUUGAUUGGAUCAAUCUUAACUCCCUGUAAGACAGGGCCGUGUGAUAGAAAGGUGUAAUCGCUUAGAAAUGGACGGAAUAGGCAUGGAAUUCCAGCCUUGUGUCGGGUCUUUUUCCAAGCAAUAAUAAUUAUAAUACACUGCCCCACAUGUGCUUAUUUGUGUUGGCAAUGUUCAGUGUGAUCAAUUAGCUUAGAUUUCAUGAUUUUACUACAGGGCCCCAUCUUACAAAGAGUAACGACUGAUCCAAUCAAUCAUAAUUCUAUGAAAUUUCCAUUCGUGUCAUAAUUUUGUCUACAGGAAAUUUGCACAAUGUCCUUCGUAAGCAAACAGUAACGACUGAUCCAAUCAAUCAUAAUUCUAUGGAAUUCCAUCAGUGUCAUAAUUUUGUCUACAGGAAAUUUGCACAAUGUCCUUCGUAAACAAUGAAUGCUUGAAUAUACAUCAUAUAGUUAGAAAAUAUUUUGAAAAAAAAAUGCAUUAUAGAUGUUGACACUGCUGGCCGUCCAUAGUUGUGAUUGAUCGGGUCAAUCGCAAUUCCUUGUAAGACGGGGCCCAGAAUUAAAAUAAUGUAAAUGAACCAAAUCUAAAUCUAUGAUGACACUGUGACACUUGACUUUGAUUUUAGAGACAUUCUCUUGGAAUCUUAUAUGCUGCAGCUUCAUGGGUUAUUCAUAAUUGAUAUAAAUGGCACUUUGUCUUAAUAGAAGGGCCCUGACUCAUGAAAAUAUUUUCAUUUUCAAGUUCUUCUAAGACUAAUUGACCAGUAAGCUUUUGGCCAAUCAAGGAUCAAGAUUUCAGAAGCGUACAACAAUCACUGUUCCAUGAUAUCACUGCUGAUUUCCAUGUAGUUAUUGAUGAUGAAGACAAUUUUUGUAAUGUGUGUAUUGUAGCAAUAAUAUUUGUCUGUAUUUUGUUGUGAAUCAUGUAAAAGACAAUGAUAUCCGCAUUAGGGAGAAAUGGCAGUCCAAGCUAUUGAAAAAGGCUAAUUGACGUGAUAUUUGCUUUAACCCUUACUUAUAAAACUGGGGGGGGGGGGUCAAUUUGACCCCUCUCAACAAAUUUUGUCACUACGCCGCCGCACUAAAUUUUUGUUACGGCGACGCUCGCUGACUUUUUACUUACCAGUCUUGCCGAUCUUUUGAGACCAAAUUUGCGACGCUGAGGUACGCGGGUCUGAAAUUAUGCAAAAUUUUGUAAGCGCAUACUGUCAGACCCUAAAUUGCUCAAAAACGUGAUUCCGUGUAAUGCAAAUUGUGUUUUUAAACCAAAAAUCAUAAAUGUAUGACUAGAUUAUUCUUACAUUCGUUGGUUUAUUAUUUUUUUUUUUGUUUAUCAUUUUUAUCUCAUUAAUUACUGUCCUAUAUUGUUAAUAGGCACCCUCUUUCUGUAUUAUAAAUAGCAACCCUCCUAUUUUAUGAACAGUAAUUUUUCUUGCACUUUUUCUAUAUUAUGAAUAGUGAUCCUCUCCUAUUAAAUAUGACAAUCCUCACAAAUGGCAAUAAUAGAAAAGUGAAUAGUUGACCAAAUACAUAUUGUUCUUUAGAGCAGUCUAGCAUAUUAUAUGUAGCAAGGAUCCAUAAUUAUGGAAAGGAUUUCAGGCAUAAAUUUUGUACAAGAAAUAAAUCCCUAUUUUUAUUAAUUAGACAAUUCGUAGUGAAAAAUUAUUAUUCUGUACAAGAAAUAACUCCCUAAUUUUGUUAAUUAGACAAUUCGUAGUGAAAAAUUAUUAUUUUCAUAACAUUAGCUAUUAUAAAUGGAACCAUAUUUCAUCAUCAAAAUCAUCAUCAUACAUGUAGUCAUAGCCAGUUAUUAGUAAAUAGCAGUUCUUACCUUGAUUUUAAUUUUAUCUGUAUAUAGGACCAAAAUUAUAAGAUGUUCAUGAUCAUCAACAUCACCACCACCAUCAUUAUCAUCAGCAGCAGCAUUGUCAUUAUCAAUCAUCAUUAUCAUCAACAUCAUCCAUCAUCAUCUCCAUCAUCAUUAUCAUCAUCAUCAUCACCUCUAUCUUCAUCAUCAUCAUCAUCAUCAUCGUCAUGAUCAUCAUACAUCAUCAUCAUCAUUGUCAUGAUCAUCAUCAGCCUCCUCCUCAUCAUCAUCGUCAUGAUCAUGAUCAUCAUGAUCAUCAUUAUCAUCAUCACCAUCAUCAUCACAUCAUCGUCAUCAUCAUCAAUCAUCAGAUCUUCAUCAUCAUCAUCAUCAAUA